GUCCCGCUCUUUGACAGCAGCGGUUCUCGAUGUCAAAACAGAAACCACAGUGCCGCGGGAUGAUGAACAGAGCAUCGAAAGUGUUUCAACCGGCGCUGAUUAUACCGAAAAAUGCCACCAUCAAACACCGAGAGGCCACAUCUAAAAGCCAACGGCUGAUGCUCGAGCAGGGGCUUAUGCGCCAGGCAGGAAACGGUACCUUGCAUGUGCUGCCAGUGCUACAGCGUGCGGUCCAGAAAGCGAUCGACCUGAUCGAUCGUCACAUGCAAUCGGUCGACGCACAAAGGAUAACCCUCCCCGUGUUAACACCAGCCGAGCUUUGGCGUCAAAGUGGUCGCUUGAACGAGAGUGACCCACCGACGGAACUAUUACAAACGAAAGAUCGACACGGAAAGAUGCAAAUUUUAGGCCCGACACACGAAGAAUCGAUCACCGCACUUAUGGCCGCGAUUGCACCGGUCUCGUACCGACAGUUUCCCCUGCGGCUCUAUCAAAUAUCGACCAAAUUCCGGGAUGAAAUGAAGCCCCGGUUUGGGCUGAUGAGGGCGAAAGAGUUCCUCAUGAAGGAUCUGUACACGUUCGAUGUCGAUCCACACCGUUGCCGGCAAACGUACGAAACGGUAAACGCGGCGUACGGUCGGUUAUUCAGCGAGAUCGGUGUACCGUUCGUGAAGGUAGCCGGAGAUAGUGGAACGAUGGGCGGCUCUCUUUCGCACGAGUAUCACUUUCCCAGUGAGGUCGGAGAGGAUGAACUGUUGCAGUGUGACCAGUGCGGUGUGCGUACCAACUCGGAACACCUGCAAAAGAUAUGUGCACUGUGUGACCGAUGUGGUGCCGGAAAGGAGAGCACUGCGAGCACUAGUUCCUUCGAACGGCAGCGAGGAAUCGAGGUGGGGCACGCAUUCAUACUGGAGGACCGCUAUACGAAACCGUUGGGAGCGAGUUGUCUGCAACCGAAUGGGAAACCGACACCACUGCAGAUGGGUUGCUACGGUAUCGGAGUAACGCGCUUGAUAGCGGCCUCACUGGAAGUGCUCUCGAGUGAAAAAGAAUUGAGAUGGCCGCUCGCACUUGCCCCGUACCGUGUGUGCAUAGUGACCCCGAAAGCUGGCAGUAAGGAGGAAUCACUAGUGAGCCCGUGGGUUGAUCGGUUAUACAACCUGUUACAUACGGCUGUACCAGGAUGCCAGGGAGACGUUAUCGUCGAUGAUCGGAAUCAGUUGACCAUUGGUAAACGUGUGCUAGAUGCGCGACGAAUGGGUUAUCCGUUGAUAGUAGUAAUAGGAGCCAAAGCAGCCAAUCCAGCCGGCAGUGAACGCUUCGAAUUGCACAAUCUACAUGCCGGAACGGAGCAAGACCUUUCCUACACUGACCUAGCGGCCGCCAUAGGAGACGUUCUUUCAACCAAACACCACAGACCAGCCGUCAGUGACGUUCAGAAGGUUCAGUUGGAGAAUUAAACUUGUAUUUCCGGGGGAACUGCCUGACUAGACUAGCUCCUGCAGUACUGUACUGACUCGCGUAAGAAAAUAUGCUUUUACAAUAAAUGCUAAAAGUACGACCACGCAAGAGCGUGAUCGCGAAC